GAAUUGUGUGUGUGGGUGGUGGGGGGUGAUGAGAGAGAAACUGAGGCAAGAGACAAAAGAGACAAAAGAACCCAACAUUGUAAGAUGAUGAAGGUGGUCGGAGAGAGGUUUCUCUGAGAUCCUCCUCUUCACAGGCAGCAAUUUAACUUUAAUCUCCCCACCGCCCCCCCAACCUGUCACCACCAACUGCAUUGCAUUGCAUUGCAUCAUCAAACCAAACAUUGUUGAUCCUUCAGUUUCAACGCACAAAGGGACUUCUUUUCCUGCACCCUUUUCUCCCAUUUGCAUGCCCCAGCCCACAUUGUUUGGAAUCAUUGAGAGGACGAAUUGAGCUGGGUAUGCUUUUGUUGAGCAAAAGGUUGUAAGGAAGAGAUUGAUACACAAAAUGAGGGACCCUGAAACCAAGAGCUUCAAUUGUUUUUGCUUUCCAUUGUAAUGUAUAAGUUUUUCAUAGUUAGUGAAUUUUCUGCUGCUUCAUCCAAAUAGGUGGAAGGGUUUCUAUGUACAGAAAAAACCUUCCAAUUUUGUAAAUUUGAUAUGACAUAUCAUAUAGCUUCCUGACUUUAAAGAGAUAUAGAUAUUGUCGCUACCAAAGUGGCAUUGCCUUCUCAUAGCAAUGGAAAGCAUAUGGGGGCCAUUUGGAUUAUGGCUCCGAAUUUAUGUUGGAUUGAUUUCUCUGUGGGGAACUCGACAGUGUUGGUCUCUGAACGAUGAAGGAUUAACCUUGUUGGAAUUUCGGGGAAGAAUAACUUCUGAUCCUUUUGCUGCUCUGGCAAAUUGGAAUCCAAACGAUUGCAACCCUUGCAAAUGGCUGGGUGUACGUUGUGUUGAUAGUCAAGUGCAAACGCUGGUCCUACCUGAUCUAUCUUUGGAAGGGACAUUGGCUCCUGAGCUUGGGAAACUUCGUCAUCUAAAAUCCCUUGUACUAUACAAGAACAGUUUUUCUGGUACCAUUCCCAAAGAACUUGGAGGUCUAGACAAGCUGGAGUUAUUGGAUUUAAGGGGGAAUGACUUGACUGGAUGUAUCCCAGCAGAAAUUGUCAGGGUGUUGUUGUCAAAACAUUUGUUGGUUUGUGACAAUAAAUUUGAAGGCAGUGAUUCUCAAGAGCUCAGAUUGCCCUCUCAUAACAAUCAUUUAACUCCUUUGGCAACUUUAUCUCAUGGCAAGAAUAGAAAGUUUGCACACCGUAUACAACAACAAGAACAACAUGGUGAAAAAAGUAUGUGCCAUAAAAAUUUCAAGCAAUGGAACAUGGAAGAUUCAUUUGUUAUUCCACUUAAGGGAGCACUCAAAAAUUACCUCAAAGCUGUCAUUGCUGUGGCACUGCCACUGUUCAAGCUAGGAAAGGCUACUCCUCAUGCCUAUGAAGAGAAAUACUGUAAAAAUCUGACUAGCUCUGAUGAAUCAGAUUUUGGCCAUGAUGAGUCAGAGUUUGGCCAGAAUGUACCAAAUAUAAUCAAUUCAGUACGACGUAAGUUGUUUGAUCAGUCCAGUAACCUUGCAGCUGCACCUUUCAGUGGUGGGCCUACUAUAGAGAUCAGUUCUGUUCCAAUUACCCAGAGCAGUGGAGCUUUCCCAGCUGUGCCAGACACCAAUAAGAAACAAAAUCAGUCACCUGCACCAUUGCCUUCAUCUUCUAAUUCUCCACCUGUGAAUCAAGCAAGUCAACAAAAUUCACCUAAUGGUGCAUCUGGAAAAUUAUGGAAGUAUAUUAUUAUAAUCGCAGGUGUUGCUGUCUUGGUCAUUGUUUUUGUGAUCAUGCUUUGCAUUUGGCGUAAACGAGCAGCAAAAGUAAUAAAGCCUUGGAAGACAGGAAUAAGUGGACAGUUGCAGAAAGCAUUUAUAACAGGGGUCCCCAAAUUGAAUCAGGGAGAGCUGGAAACAGCCUGUGAAGAUUUCAGCAAUAUUAUUAAUAGUUUUGAUGAGUGCACUAUAUACAAAGGAACACUAUCCAGUGGAGUCGAGAUUGCUGUUGAUUCAACUAUUGUUACUUCUGCCCAUGAUUGGUCAAAGAACAUGGAGACAGCCUAUCGCAAAAAGAUUGCUGCUUUGUCCCGUGUUAACCAUAAGAACUUUACCAACCUUAUUGGGUACUGUGACGAAGAAGAACCAUUCACAAGGAUGAUGGUGUUUGAGUAUGCUCCAAAUGGAAACUUAUUUGAGCAUCUGCAUGUUGAGGAAGUUGAACCUCUUGACUGGAGCGCAAGGAUGAGGGUUAUUAUGGGCACGGCUUAUUGUCUUCAGUAUAUGCACCAUGAUCUAAAUCCACCAGUAGCUCAUUCCAACCUCAAUUCAAUUGCUAUAUUAUUAACAGAUGACUUUGCUGCUAAGAUAUCAGAGAUCUCUUUUGGCAAGCAUGCAAAAACCAACACAACUGGAGAUGAAUCACAGAAAUCUUCUGAGUUGCCACCACAGGCUGAUCCUGAAACUGAUGUCUAUAACUUUGGAGUAUUGUUGCUUGAAAUCAUUUCUGGGAAACUACCUUACUCUGAAGAACAAGGCCACCUUGCCAACUGGGCUGCUGAGCACUUGAAUGAUAAGCGAAGCAUCGGCUAUCUGAUCGAUCCCACGCUGCAGUCCUUCAAAGAGGAAGAACUUGAGGUCAUCUGUGAGGUGAUCAAAGAUUGUCUUCAAUCUGAUCCAAGGUUAAGACCUACAAUGAAGGACAUAACUCCCAGAUUGAGGGAAGUUCUUCAUAUAUCACCCGAGCAAGCUGUCCCAAGACUCUCUCCACUCUGGUGGGCUGAACUGGAGAUCUUAUCAAUGGAGGCCACUUAAAAAGUUCUAUCUAACUCUCUUCUGUGUAUUCUAAGUCAAGUCUCUCUCUAACCUUUACCGUGCUGGAAGAGUACAGCUUUCUGAUAAUGCUAUAUGGUAUUUGCCACUCAAAUUCUUUAAUUCUAUCUGUUCUUUCGUAAGUCCAUAUAAUCGAAAUACCAUAGUUAUUCUUGUCCCAGUGGAAGCGUGUUGUGUAAUUUUGCAAGUGGGGUGUUGUAAAUUGUACUUUUGUUGAUGAAUAUUGGGAUGUAAAAAAGUCUUGACAAAUAAAUUGGUGUUUCUGUCCCAAUGAACAUGCAACUUCUAUAAGGGUCUAUUCAAUUAUUAUUAAUGAAGCUUUUAAGUUGUGACUGUUCCCCGA